GGGCAGGCGGCGCCGUGCUGGGCAUUUUCCAUCCGGUAUCAAGGCGUCUCAGUCAGUCCGUCCGGCAAGAGCACCGAAGGGGUAUUCCUUCUCUUCCUGGAGGUCGAGCGGCACCUCAGCCCCAGCGACACCCCACUGAAGAGGAACCUCCCUGCAGGCGAUUGUUUUCCGUCUGCCGGUGAACGAAUUUGAUUUUGUACAGCCUUGCUCACUCCACCCCUCAUUUCUAGGCACUCUUGCUACUGAAGACCCCACAAGGGGAGAGAGUGUGAGGCCGGAGCUUCGGGUCGUUUCUGGAAUCUGAGAAGGAGCGGUGCGGCUGCGCUGUGGAUCCCCUGCGCGAGGCCGGGGGGGAGGCUAGGCUGUCAGUGAGCGCUGCGCGAGUACCCAGGGGCUCCCGAUGAGCAGCCACCGGACCGCGAGGCUUCGCGCCCGGGACCCCGACCGGCCCCUGGACUCGGGCUGCCGGUCGGCCGCGGGGGCCGGCGGGGCGGGGUGUGUCCUGCGCAAGCUGAUCCAGCUGCCCGCCCCGCCCCUGUCCCGGCACCAGCUGAAGCGGCUGGAGGAGCACCGGUACAGCAGCGCGGGCCGCUCCCUGCUGGAGCCCCUCAUGCAGCGCUACUGGGAGUGGCUGGUCGCCUGCGUGCCGGCCUGGAUCGCGCCCAACCUCAUCACCAUCGUGGGCCUGGUCACCAACAUCUUCACCACCCUGGUGCUGGUCUACUACUGCCCCACCGCCACUGAGCAGGCACCUCUGUGGGCAUACCUGGCGUGUGCUGUGGGUCUCUUCAUCUACCAGUCUCUGGAUGCAAUAGAUGGAAAGCAGGCAAGGAGAACCAACAGCAGCUCUCCACUGGGGGAGCUCUUCGACCACGGCUGCGACUCUCUCUCCACAGUGUUCGUGGUCUUGGGCACGUGCAUCGCCGUGCAGCUGGGCACCAAUCCGGACUGGAUGUUCUUCUGCUGUUUCGCCGGGAUGUUCAUGUUCUACUGUGCCCACUGGCAGACGUACGUCUCGGGCACCCUGCGCUUCGGCAUAUUUGAUAUUACAGAGUUACAGAUCUGUAUAGUGUUGUUACAGAUGUUCACAGCAACUGUGGAUCCGAGGUUCUGGAAUCUGACGAUUCCAGUGUUAAACAUCCAAAUGAAGAUUGUGCCUGCUAUCUGCACAGUGGUGGGAGCUGUAUUCUCCUGCACAAACUACUUCAGAGUCAUUUUCACAGGAGGAGUUGGAAAAAACGGCUCCACAAUAGCAGGGACCAGUGUGCUUUCACCUUUCUUGCACAUUGGGUCUGUAAUAAUCCUGGCAGUCAUGAUCUACAAGAAGUCGGCUGUCCAGCUCUUCGAGAAGCAUCCCUGUCUUUACAUCCUGGCGUUUGGUUUUGUGUCGGCCAAGAUAACCAACAAAUUAGUGGUUGCACAUAUGACAAAAAGUGAAAUGCAUCUUCAUGAUCUGGCCUUUUUAGGGCCUGGGCUGCUGUUUCUGGACCAGUAUUUCAACAGCUUUAUUGAUGAGUAUCUGGUUCUCUGGAUUGCUCUGGUCAUCUCCUUCUUCGAUCUUGUGCGUUACUGUGUCAGUGUUUGCAAUCAGAUAGCCUCUCAUCUUCACAUUUUUGUAUUCAAAAUCAAGCCGCUGGCCACAGGCCCAAAUCAGCAAGGGCACAACCACCAUUAGUGACUGUUUUGGGUUUAUUCUUGUUUGAGAAAAGGAGAUGUGAUCUCUUCACCAAGUGAAUGUAAACCAAUAACGUGGAUCACAGACGAACCCAGGAGAGAGCUGACGUAUGAAAAUAAUUUAUUUCAAUCGCUGUCGUGUGCAAUGUUCCAUGUCCAGUGUUGUCUCAUUACAGACUGCAAUAGUAGUGUUUCUAGUUGAAAGAAUUGUCAAGGAACGUUGUUUUUUGUACUGAUUUCUGAUUUUUUUGCAGCAGUUUAUCUGUGAGUGGGGUGGGGUAAAUGGAGAUUGAAACAGGAAGUAAAAAAACUAGCUUAUAUUGUGCCACUACUCUGACACACUUGAUAGACCUAUAAACACCCUGCACUGCAUUAAGUCUCUUAAAAAAAAAAACCUGAAAUUUCAUCAUCUAGCUCACUAUUUGUUUUAAAAACAAUUUUUUAGAAGUAUUUCACCUCAAGUGUGUAUCCAAUUGUCACAGAUACCAAAUGGAACAAUGUUUUUUUUUUUUAACUGGACUUCCUCAAAGCAGUAUUUAUAAAUCUGUCCCUUUAUGAAGUGUUACUUUUCAGUAAAAGACAGGGGUUGCCGAUUGUUUUCCAUUAAUCCUGCUUGCAGGAAUAUGCUGCAUCUUUCUUUUUAAUUUCUUUAUAAUUUUGUUUACUCCUGUGUUUGUGAGAUUCUCUAGCCAGAAGGGUUUUUCUUUUUUAAUCUGAUUGCUAAUAGUUCAGAACAAGAAAGUUUUUUACCCUCUGCUUCUGAGACAAGAAUGGGCUUCAGUAUAUGGUGCACUCGGUAUUGUUUCGCUGGUCAUAAAUGCAGCCUAACGUCAAAAGACAACGUAGUCUUGCCUUUUGUCUAAAAUGCUAAAUGUGUAUCUUAAAAAAAGAACUUGCCUAGUUUUCACCCAUGGAGGGGAAUUCUAAAGAAAGGAAAAUUGUAUUAUAGAAAAUGAUUUGUGUUUAAGAUAAGGCAAGUUCUCUAUUCUGUUUACAUACCAGAUUAAGAUGGUAACCUUUUUUUAUUUCUGAGAGUGUGAUGUGGAAAAGACACAGGUAGCUAUGUAUUCUCAUGCUCCAGUACACAUUCAUGUUCAGACAAAAGAUACUGGAUCUCUUUUUAUACACAAAAGUUUCCGUUCAACUGAACCUAAACCUAGAAACUCCAUUAGUUACUCCUGUGUAGGCAUUUUUAAUGCUAACCUUUUCCAGUGGAAGCACAUUAGCCAACAAUAAUACCAGAGCCAGUGGGUUUAUGAUUUUUUUAAUUAAAGCAUGGGGAACAAGAAGUAAUAAAACUGAUUUGCUUGAUGCUGGCUGUUCCUUUUCACUCUUGCCUUAAAAAGAGAUUCAUCAGUACUGUACUUUAUUUUUCUUUUGUUUAACUUGGGCUGAAAUAAAGGAUAGAAUCUGAGGCAGUAAAUUGAUUGGUGGGAUAUAAAACUCGGAAAGCUCUGAAUUGUAAUCCUAUGGACUGUUGAUGGCAGUGCAGUCAUCUCUCACGUCCUUAUAAAAGACAGGAGUUUCAUUUCUUGAUAGUGUAACUGGAGGAAAAGGGAUCUUCUUAACUUGCUGUUUUUUCAGUGGACAAAUGUUAUUUCUUGCAAAUUACCUACUAAGCGAAUGAGCUUUUUUGUCCUUCCAUAGAACACUUAUCUUUCAGUAAACAUAUUAGAUAUUUUCUGUUUUAAAUGCCAUGAUGUUUUGUUUGCUUAUGUUUUGCACUUUAAGUGCUUGCAAGAGCAGUGUGGAAGACGUUACAAAAUGCUAAAGAAAAUUUUGUAACAUUUGUAACAGGCCAGUCAUGUAGUUUUAUUGCUUUUAUUACGUCUUUUAAAGGCUUCAAUUUAUCCUUCUUUGUUUCCUUUAAGGGAUUGUCUAUCCAAGAUGUGUGCUGUAAUGAUGCUUUGUUGCUACAUCUUCAGUUGCCUUUUAACUUUAAAAUAUCUUUUUUCUGUGUGUAAUACUUAAUGCAUUCAUAUAAGUAUGAGGGAAAAUUUCUCUUGAUAUGCAUGUCACAUGUCUCUAUGAUGAACAGGUCUUAACUUGUUUGGACUGCCCCAUGUUUUUUCCCCACACAAUAUCUUUUAUGGAUAAAAUGAAAGUUGCCUUAAGUUUUCAAAGAUAUGUUUUGGAUUUAACAAAGAAUUGCAGUGCUUAUCUGGGCACAGUAAAGUCUGCCCUAGCUAUAAUUAGACUGGAAAAGGUUAGUAUUAUGUUUUACCUGGACUGUCAGUCUAGGAUGUAAAAUGGCAUAAUAGUGAAAAGGGUCAGUAGACAAUCUCCAACUAUUUUUUUUUCCACAACUCAAGUCAGGUUUACACAAAACAAAAGCUGCUAACUUUUAUUCAUGAUUUUGUCUCUGAUCAUGAUUGUGUUUUUCACAUAGUGGUUAAAUGUGCUUGAGUGCCCAGUUUUCUUUUAUGUUAAGUAGUGCUGGCUACCUUGUGUUUCACCUGCUUCUUACUGUCAUUCAGAUGAUGCCUUGAACAAAAUGCAGAACAUCUGUAGUUUGUCUUAAGAGUAUUAAACAUUGUGCAUUCAUUUAUCAUUGCUUCAUAAUUUUUUGUUCCCUAAAAUUGGUACGACUCAAUCGGUUUUACCGAUUUAGGUCACUAUAAUUCUUGAUCAAUAAAAUUCUUUACCCUUUUUAACUUUAAAAUGAGUUAUAAAUUAGCUUUUGUUUGUGCACAUGAUACGUAUGUGUUGACAGACUAUAGCACCAAGCUUUUAAACUGGGUAUUUUGAUAAGUCUCAUUUGAAGGCAUAUUGAAAGCUAAUUAAAAUUACAUUCACACAACCGUGUGGCCACUGUACCUUUGCCCAGAAUCUUAACUUGCUGUAUCUAAACAUUAUUGAAUAAAAGAGUGGACCAUCCUAAAUAAGAAACUCCCUUCAACUAUAUAAAUGUAACCAAAGCUGUUAUAAUUCUCACUUGGAUAUCAUCACAGUAAGUAUAAUGAGGAUAUAAACUCAUAUUUAAAAUAACUCAAAACUAAUUUCUCUUAGUCUUGUUAAUUCGGGCAGUGGUAUUUAAUCAAUUUGAAAGGCGUGUUGCUUCAGUUUCACAAUUCGUCUGAAUAAAAACUAUUUUCACUUUGA